UCAAAAUGCACCAAAAUUCACUGAAUUAGAUAGCCACAACAAGCAUUUUGCUUCGCAAUCGAUGAUGAAAGGAAUUGCUAUGGUGGCGUUCCUUGAAAUCUCCAAUAGGUUUUGCCGAACAACUAGUUUCCAUUUGAGGAAAGAAUUUGUUCAAGUAAGGAGAUUUCGAGGUGUCUCUGGUAUAAACAAGUCUCCUGUUCAAAGAAGUAACUUGACAAUAUGUGCACUUCCUAGUAUAGCUAUGUUACCUGUAAUAGAGAUUGCUGAAUUCCAGGAUAAAGUUCUUGGAAUAAUUUUUAUAUCACUGUCAAUUUUUACUGUCUUAUUACUGGCAUAUUUGGGGAGAAAAAUAGGUUGAAAAAAGCUUUUACCACUCCUCCUCAGAAGGAAUAUUAAAACUUCUAAAACUCUGUCUUUCCAAAACUUCCCCUGUGAUAAAUACUUGAACAAGCUG